CGCUCGGAUGUUCGUACCCGGUUAGACGACAUUCAAUUAGGGGGAAGUACACGUGCUGCGUAUUGACUGGAGCACAGCAAAAAUAGUAUACAAAGGAAAUCAUUUAGAGAAUAUAAAUAGCAAAUUGCAAGAAAUUGGUCUGGACGAGACAUAAAUUGCUUUUGAUACAAACUCCGCAGAUUAGAGCCACGUGAUAUAGGGAAAUGUGACCCACUUCUUGUUUCUCAGAGAGUGCGCGAGAGGUAGAACUUGACCUCAAUUUCCUUUAACCUUCACAACAUCAGUAAAAGAAGAGGAAAUGCUGUGAACGGACGGAAUUCUUAUUCUGUGAAAUGAAUUUUUGUAAUUAAACAUUUCGAGUUCUCGAUUUAUUUAUUUGUUAACCCUUUGUGUGUCCUGUGAACUCUGAUGUUGCAUAAUAUAAAUCUAUGCUGUGGUGAUGUUAAAUGUUCUUGACGAGGAUGUUGACAAAAUUAUGUUGCACAGUGUAAUUCAGGGGCAAUCAGUUCAGAGGUAGUUUCCCCCGAAAAAAAAAAGAGAUUUUAGUGUGUGAAGUUGUGUUUUUGUGAUAAGCAUAGGAAAAUCCCAAAACGAUCUUAUUUUUCCUUCUAUCUAUUGUGUUUUUAUUUUGGAAAAUUAUUUGUACUGCAAUAGAGAUUAAACGUCUUCUAUUAGUGAUAGAGUAUGUGAGAAGAGCAAAAGAGUCAAGAUAGAGCCGCAAUAAACAUUGAUAGCGCACGGUUUGGUAGUGGCUCAAGUUCUUGAGAUAGUCAGUCUUGUGGGGAUCUUAAAUGUGAGAUCAUCUUUCUGUUGAGCUUGAAGUGAACAUUGUUGUGAGAACGUGAAAAAAAAUGGCAAAUGACAAUCUAACUGCUGUGCUGUAUGGGAUUGAGGAUAUGCGCCUGGAGCAGAGACCAAUCCCCUCAAUUAAGGAUAAUGAGGUGCUGCUGGAGAUGGAUUGUGUGGGAAUUUGCGGCUCGGACGUUCAUUACCUCGUAGAUGGACGAAUUGGUCCAUUUGUGGUAGAACAGCCCAUGAUUAUUGGCCAUGAAGCUUCUGGAGUGGUCAGCAAGUUGGGGAAGAAUGUGAAGAACCUGAAAGUUGGGGAUCGAGUGGCAAUUGAACCAGGAGUCGCAUGCCGCGAGUGCCGGUUUUGCAAGGAAGGUCGCUACAAUUUGUGCCCAGAUAUGAUCUUCUGUGCAACUCCCCCAUGCCAUGGGAAUCUAACAAAAUUCUAUGCUCAUGCGGCUGAUUUUUGCUUUAAAUUGCCCGAUCAUGUGUCAAUGGAGGAAGGUGCACUGUUGGAGCCACUCUCAGUGGGAGUUCACGCAUGUCGUCGCGGAAAUGUUGGCAUUGGGUCUGAAGUACUAAUUCUGGGUGCUGGACCAAUUGGUUUAGUGACCCUGUUAACGGCCAAGGCAAUGGGGGCGUCUAAGGUAGUCAUCACGGACCUACUGCCUCAGCGUCUUGCAGUGGCUAAGGAAUUGGGAGCGGACUUUACUUAUCUCGUUGAGAAAAAUGUUCCUGAGGUGGAAAAUGUGCGCAAGAUUCAUGAAAUGCUCGGCUCAGAGCCUGAUAAGGCGAUUGAUUGUAGUGGAGCACAGGCAACUGCUCGUCUUGCCUUGCUGGCAACCAAGAGUGGAGGGUGUGUGGUUAUUGUGGGCUUAGGCAGCCCUGAAGUCACAUUACCACUGGUGAAUGCAUGCACACGUGAAGUUGAUAUACGUGGUGUGUUCCGGUACUGCAAUGAUUACUCCGCUGCUUUGGAGCUUGUGGCUACGGGAAGAGUUCCAGGGUUGAAAAAGCUCGUUACUCAUCAUUUUGAUAUAACUGAGACAGCAAAGGCAUUUGAGACUUCGCGUUAUGCUCUUGGGAAUGCAAUCAAAGUUAUGAUCCAUUGUCAAAAGAGAGAUAAGAAUAACUCUGCUAAAUUUUAAUAAAAUCUUCAAAUUUUACGCGGGAGGUUUCACGAUUUUAUUCUCUGUGGAGAUUUUUUUAACAUAUCAAGCACAAAUAGACGCCAGGAGUCCACAGAGAUUGCAUUUAAGCUGUAAAAAGUCUUCUUUGACAAUAAUAAAUUGUUUUUUUUUUA